AUGACAUUUGUUAUCGAGCGGUAUGCUGUCCACACCUUUGAAACUUCUGGCUUUGCCUUGGCCGAUCCUAUCGAGAAGUACGGCGAUGCUAUAGAAAGUGCCAAGAGAUGGGUUAAAGUCCUGUCGCCUCAAGUUACUCCAGUUAUGGUCCAUUCUCACAACGACUACUUGAGGCCACGGCCAUUAUUCUCAGCUUUAUCUGUUGGCUGUGCGAGUGUUGAGGCCGACGUUUGGCUCAGCAAGAAUGGUGAAGACCUCUUGGUCGGCCAUCACUGGUGGAAUCUCACACCAGAGAGGACCCUAAACUCUCUCUACAUUGAGCCAUUGCUGGCAAUACUCGACUCCUUUAACGCCCCACAAUUGCCGGGUGAACUUGAGGGCCAGGGACACCGUGCUGGUGUUUUUGCUAGCCAUCCAAACAAGACACUGAUUCUAUUCAUCGAUGUCAAGAACGAAUCAGAGAAGACCUGGCCGGUAGUUCUGAAGCAUCUGGAACCUUUGAGACAGAAGGGAUACCUUUCAUAUCACCAAAAUAAUGGAUCAACGCCAGCAGGCCAGGCAUUUCAUUCCGGCCCACUGACUGUCGUCGGAACCGGCAAUAUUAGCAAGAGGCGGGAUGUGAAUAUCGGAUCCGAUUUACAAAGGUGGCGACAAUACCACGACGUAUUUCUCGAUGCAUCAUUGGAUCUUCUAUCCCACCCAGGGUUCUGCGAGAGAAACGACACGCUUUGUCGUGAAGUGGAAGAGAAUGAGUUUUACACAGCUUCUGUAUCUCUCUUCAGAGCUAUCGGAACUGUCAUCCCGUACUUCAGCAAGUCACAACGUAAGAAGCUCGUAAGUCAGAUUCAACUUGCAAAGAAGUUGAACCUGAAGUCGAGAUACUGGGAGCUACCAGGCUGGCCUGUAUCCCGAAGGAACUACGUUUGGAGGACACUCGAUCACGAGGGAGUUGACUUGAUCAACGCUGAUGAUAUAGUCAGUGCAACGACGAAGCAGUGGCACUCGAAUUAUGCUAUAGAAGGCGCAUGGGUUCUUGGUAUUGCCUCAUGUCUCUUUAGCUUCCUCUUUACCAUCAUGUGGCUAGGAAAGAGGAUGGUGUUUCGUAUGAUGACCGUUUAGAAUGAUUAGCUAGUUUAGGAUACCCCUUCUCAUGAGAGAAAUACCAUAUACGAACUCAAGAUCGA